AGUAACCAAAUUCCCAUACGGUACUUGAACGUACCACCGUUCCAUCGCGUGGACAUGAAGCAAAUCUGCUAGCUAGCCUCGCGUUUCGGAACAAAAUGGAAAUGUAUGUAACUAUGCGAUAACACUUUUGCGUAGAAGACGUGUUUUUUUAAUAAAUGGUACCAAACCCUCACAUCUGGGUAUUAUGUGCGAUUACCAAGCCGGGAGCAUGUCUGUGUCGGCCCCACCGCAACUUUGCUCCAACGUUUUGCUUGAGAGAUUCAAAUUAUCUUAGAAGCUGGACUGUCCCAGGCUGAAGACGCCGGAAUGUGCUUUAAAAUGGCUUGACGGUUCCUUGGAAACCUUGGGCUUGUUGGGAACUUUUUGGUGAUUGUUUUUAUUGGAUGUUUUUUUGCGGCCAUGGCGAGCUACUUGGUGGGCAAAAUGGGAUUUAACUCUCUGAUGAGGAAACAAAUCAGGAGCUUCAACGUGAGGAUCUGCACAAUGGAGUCGGACAUGGAAUUCAGCUGCGAGAUGAAGUGGAAGGGAAAGGAUCUGUUCGAGCUGGUUUGCAGAACUCUGGGCCUGAGGGAGACCUGGUUCUUUGGCCUUAGAUACCACGUCAAGGACACGGUCGCCUGGCUCAAGAUGGACAAGAAGGUCCUGGAUCAGGAAGUCCCCAAGGAGGAGCCCAUCACCUUCCACUUCCUGGCCAAAUUCUACCCGGAGAAUGUUGAAGAGGAGCUGGUGCAGGACAUCACACAGCAUCUCUUUUUUCUGCAGGUUAAGAGGAAGAUCCUGGAGGAGGAGAUCCACUGUCCUCCAGAAGCUUCUGUGCUGUUGGCCUCGUACGCCGUACAUGCUAAGUAUGCCGAUUACAAUCCAAACAUUCACAAGCCUGGCUUUUUGGCUCAGGAGGAGCUGCUGCCAAAAAGGGUGAUCAACUUGUACCAGAUGACGGCAGAAAUGUGGGAGCAGAGGAUUACAGCGUGUUAUGCUGAACACAGGGGUCGGACGAGGGAGGAAGCUGAGAUGGAAUAUCUGAAGAUUGCCCAGGACCUGGAUAUGUAUGGCGUCAAUUACUUCUUAAUCCGGAAUAAAAAGGGGACAGAUCUGCUUCUUGGUGUGGACGCUCUGGGCCUGCACAUCUAUGAGCCAGACAACAGGCUGACGCCCAAGUGCUCCUUUCCCUGGAACGAGAUCCGCAACAUCUCGUACAGUGACAAAGAGUUCACCAUCAAACCUUUGGACAAGAAAGCCAACAUCUUUAAGUUCAACUCUUCACAGCUGAGAGUCAACAAAUUGAUCCUCCAGCUGUGCAUCGGCAGCCAUGACUUGUUCAUGCGCAGACGCCGUGUGGACUCACUUGAGGUGCAGCAAAUGAAGGCCCAGGCCAGAGAGGAGAGGGCCAGGAAGCAGGUGGAGAGGCAGCGUUUGCGCCAGGAGAAGCAGCGUCGGGAAGAAGCGGAACGCAUCCGGGAUGAGCUGGAGAGACGACUCAUUCAGCUUCAAGAUGAAGCGCAUAUGGCCAACGAGGCAUUGUUGCGCUCGGAACAGACGGCGGAUCUUCUGGCAGAGAAGGCCCAACUCGCAGAGGAGGAGGCCAAGCUACUAGCCCAGAAGGCGGCUGAGGCGGAGACCGAGAUGAAGCGCAUCAAGGUGACGGCCAUGCGGGGCCAUGAGGAGAAGCGGCUCAUGGAGCACAAGAUGGUGGAGACCGAAAGAAUAGCCCUCAAGAUGGCGGAGGAGUCAGAACGCAGGGCCAAGGAGGCAGAACAAUUGAAGCAGGAUCUGUUGGAAGCCAGGCAGUCAGAGCACAGGUCCAAGCACAAGCUCCUGGAAAUUACAAACAGAGUGUACACGUGCCCUGCGCUGCCGGUGGACUGCAUGCCUCCUGAGUUGAGCUUCAGCAGGGAGAACCUGAGCUUUGACUUUAAAGACACCGACAUGAAACGACUCUCCAUGGAGAUCGAGAAAGAGAAGGUGGAGUACAUGGAGAAGAGCAAGCACCUCCAGGAGCAGCUGAAUGAGUUGAAGACAGAGAUUGAAAGCCUCAAACUAAAGGAGCGCCAGACCCCACUGGACAUGGUCCACGACCACAAUGCCGAGCAGGGAACUAGCAAGCACAGCAAUUUUAAGAAGCGCACACAAGCGGCGAACAUUCAUCUUGUUCUCCAGGAAAAUGGGCAGCGUUUUAACAUGAGGUUAAAGUCCUGAAGUGCAAGUUGACGCAACAGAGCACCAAGUCCAGAGUGGCCUUCUUUGAGGAACUUUAAGAAAGCCUUCUCCAAUCCUUCUACAUCUACUUGGAAUAAAACUAACUAACUAAAUAAAUGAUCACUAUUCCAGCAUCUUCAGGGGCCUCACAGACGCGCAAACAUGGAUGCUCGUUUUCCUGCUUGACAUUGGUGAGGGAUAGAUCAUAUUUUUAAUAUAUAAUAAUCCUGCAAAUACAUAUCUGUAGAUAAAUGCUGGAGGAUUCUCGUGUCUUCUGUGUGAAAAUUAAAUAAGGCUCACCAGAGUUAACAAAGAAAUCACUGGAUGCUCAUUUUCCUGCUUGACAUUUGGGAGUCAUGGCUCAUAUUUUUAAUAUAUAACAAUGAUGCAAUAACGUGUACAUUUUUGUAGAUAAAUGCUGGAGAACUUUCAUGGCUUCUGUGUAAAAACUUAAAUAAUGCUCACAGAGGGAACAAAGAAAUCACUGAUUUAAAAUUGCUGGUGGUUGUUUAAUCCAAAUCUGUUGGUAGUUUUUACAUAAAAUAAACAAGAGUGAAGAGAAAACAAACUGCUGUAAAAUCAUGGGAUAGAAAUCCUUGAUUUUCUAGUUUUUGUCUAUAUUGACAGACAAUGGCAAAAUAAAGGUAUACCAAAGAAACCACUGCUGUUAAUACAUAUGAUGGAAAUCAUCAUUGGUAGGAAAGAAAAAACAGGAAACUUUAAAAAGUGAACACAUGGUCAAUUUCUAUGACCCCUCAGAAGUCACUGUUAAGUACUUAAGCAUCAAUGCUGUAAAAACAGAUUUUUCCCCCAAAUCUUGAUGUAUAUUCAUUAUCUAACCACUAAGGGCCAACAAAGACUAAGAUCUUGCUUCAUGGCAUGCCUUAAUGUGUCAUCCAAAAAAAGCAUUUUCCUAAAUAAAUUGUCCUUUUAUGGCUGAUUGUUUACCCUAAAAAAAAAAAGUUUUAUGGCAAAAAAUGCAUAACAUUAUUUAAACUUAUGUUCUUAUGUGACGUUUUCCUAAUAAAGCAUGAACUAGUUUAACGUUUUAUAAUAAGCCUACUGUUGCGCGCUGUAAAUCCUAAUGUGUGUGCGUGCGCCCGCAUAUAAAAAUUCCCUGACAUACUGUAUGCAGUAACUUGUAUUUUCCAAUUUUCAAAUAAAAUAAGAUCCCUA